AUGGAAAGUGGCUCCUUUAAGCAACAAAGUGGCGUGCUGCUGCCGCUGCCUCCGCCUCCACUGACUGGCCGGACUGGGUCACCGCCCACCUCGACGCCGACGACCUCGACCAGACUCUCUCCCUCUCAUUCAUCACCAGAGUCCCCAGACCCCGCCUACAAGGUCGAUGUGGUGUCCUGGUUCCACAACGCCGUCAACGCCCUAAAGCUCACCUCCGAAGCCAUGUUCCUCUGGCUCGGUCGUGAUGUUCCUCUCAAGGCCGCCAGCACCAAGCUCCUCUCCUCCCUCAUCAACGGCUAUGGGUCCACUCUUUCCGCCUCCGAUGUUCUUCCUGCUGUCCGUGUUGCCGCCAAUGCCCGCCACAACGACCACCUGCUGUCCCCGGAGCCUAUGUCAAUUGAUAUCGCCAAGGCUUCCACAUCCCUCAAGCAGCCCCAGCCCCAGGUUGUCGUUGAGGAUCCCGCAGAGCCAGAGACCGGUCUGCCAGAACUAGCUUUUGAGCGACACCCCCAUCAUCAUCCCUGGUCUCGAAUCAUCAACGUCGAGUUCCUGCACGACGAUGUCGAGAUCACGGAUGCACCCCCCGCCAUGGACGUCGCGCAACACCCGGACGGCGGCUUGUCCACUGAGUACGAGGGCCUUAACCCCGAAGCCGCCCAGUUCCUCUUCCACGUGAUCGAGCUCUCCAAGCUCGAUAUUCCUCUUCAAUUCCGGGGGUCUGACAUCUGAGCCUCGUGCUUGGCCAUUACAACCCAGCUAUCAUCCAUCCGGGGGUCGUUGUAACGUUUAAGAGACUUCAUACACAAAAUUUGGGUGUGUUUUGGUGUUGUGUUUUUUCGGAGUCUCGGUGUUGAUGUUUCUGUUUUGGUGUUGUGGUGCUGUGGUGCCAUCGAGUUUGGAGUGUCGGAGUCGGGGUCUCGGGGCACGUUUCCUUUCCUUUUUUUUUCUUUCGUGAAAUUGACCUACUACUGCGCCAGCGAGUCUUUUCGGGCACUACAACUGACUCUUCCUCUCGUCUGUG